AUGGAAAGCAUGCGAGUCGAAUACUACAACUGCAUCAAUGCCAUCGAGUUCCAGAGCGAGGUUCUCUCUCAGCUGGUCGAGGAGCUGCUGGCCUUGCGCGGCGCGCUGCGGCGCGGCGAAGCUCUCGAGAUGUCAAGGAAGGAUCUUUCAAUCCGGCUGGCGAACCUCAAGGUGGACAUCUCCGACAGGAAGACGAAGCGCUUCUUCAAGGAGAAGGAGCGGAGGCAGCUGCUGGAGACACUUAGCCCGGCAAUCGCGGACGCCAAGACACAGCGGCUUCUGGCCGAGCAAGCAGGCAGCGCAGUUGAAAGCACUCCUAUGGAUGCAGCCCCGCAAUCUGCCCACAUGGAGGCGACGGCCUCCGAUUGCGGCAAGCACCCUUCGUCGGGCACCCGUCAGAGGCGCUACAAGCACUACAGCGACAAAGAACUGGCGCGGCUCCCAGCAGUUGAAAGCGCACUGAACCGUCUGCAAUCCUCCAGGUGUGACAACUAA